AUGAAACAUAACAGACGUCAACAAGAAAUACAAACACUCAGAACCGAAAUAAAUGAUGUCACAAAGCAGUAUAAAAGAGCAAAUGAGGAGGAAAAAGAAGGAUUGAAUGAGUUAAGAUCAAUACUGAGGGAAAGAAGAAACAAUCUACAAAGAGCAGAAAGAAUCAGAAAAGCAAGGAGAGAAAGAGGGAAGAAGAGAGCAAUGUUUGUUGCCAACCCCUACAAGUUUACCAAAGCAACACUGGACGGAACAAAGGCGGGUUUAGUAAAAAGCACGACAGAGAAAUUGGAAAAACAUCUAUCAGAGACACACAGCGACGAAAGGCAGUGGGAACAUCUAGGUAACUGCGAUAGGAUAGAAAAUGUACCAGAACCAGAAAUACCAAUGAACACUAAGGAACCAUCAUUGAAAGAAGUGUCAGAUGUAGUGAAGAAAGCCAGGUCUGCAUCAUCACCAGGACCAAAUGGCAUCCCGUUCAAGGUAUAUAAGAAGUGCCCAAAUUUUGAAACACCUGUGGAGGCUACUGAAAGUAGUUGUGAGGAAAGGGAAGAUAUCAUCAUGUUGGCAGAAAGCAGAGGGGUGUUUUAUUCAAAAAGAAGAAAUGUCGGAGGACAUCACACAAUUUCGGACAAUUUCCCUCCUAAAUGUAGAAGAAAGAUCUUCUUCUCUAUUAUGGCUAGAAGGAUGACAUCAUAUAUGACAGAUAACAACUAUGUAGACACUUCAGUACAGAAGGGCGGAAUACCAGGAUUCUCAAGAUGUAUUGAACAUACAAGCAUCAUUUCAAAACUUAUUCAAGAGGCCAAAGUGAACAAGAAAGAUCUGACAGUAGUAUGGCUAGAUUUGGCGAAUGCCUAUGGUACUGUUCCUCAUAUGCUGAUACAACAAUCACUAGAUCAUUAA